CCUCCCCUCCCCUCCCACCCCGCUGCUGUUCCGGGAAGAGAAAGUGAAACCUCCAGUGAUCAGCGGCCCAGCGCUCCCGCCGCCCCGCCAUGGACGCUGCCGCUGCCCGGCUCGGCUUCGCCCUGCUCCUCGGCACCUGCUGCCCGCUAGCUUUGAGCCAGGGUUCUGCGCCGGAGUCUGGGACACUGAUGGACUGCAAGUUUGUGGAGGAGGCACGGGGCAAGGGGAACUUCCCCGGCUCCGUGGACCAGACCGAAGCUCUCCUGCUGCUGCGGAAAGUCUCCGGAAAGGAGAUGGAAAACGAACCGCCCUCAGGUGUGGCUGUGCCCCCUGACCUGAAGCCUGGCAUGUUCCUCGAGGUCUUUGAUUACUCGCAGGUCAUGGCGCACCCAGGCUUCCGCCGUCCAGAAGACCUGAGGGAGAAGCACAGCUGUGAGAUCAACAAGUACCUGCCCCAGGAGGCGACCGUGGCCUGGGCCAACCCCCUGACGGAGGACGAGAGGACCCCCGCCUACCAGUCCCGGAGGUGGCUCAGCACUCACCUGGGCACCUGGGACCACUCCUUUAGUGUGACCAGUCUCCAUCGGGUGGUGACCGAGCCCAGCACAGAGGAGGAGCCUGCACCUGUCCAAACCUCAGUUGUCCUGAACGUGUUCAGCCGCACGCCGCUCGUCAGCACCAGACUGGGCCAGGACGUGCUGCUGGACUGCGGCUUCACUCUGGACCGGGCGACAGGCUUCGCGCUGGAGUGGCGUUACCAGUUCCAGGGCAGCGGGCACCUGGUCUACGCCUACAAUGGGCUGCAGGACCGGGUGCAUGUGGCGCAGCCAGGCACAGAGCUGCUGCUCGACCUGCUGCACCGCUGGGGUAAUGCGUCGCUGUUGAUCCGCAGCGUGGACCUGCGACAUGAGGGGACCUACAUCUGCACCGUCUACGCCCCCAACCUGCAGUCGCAGCAGGCCAUCAGCCUGAAGAUCUCAGAGCCACCCACCCCGGUGCUAAGACCGGACCCCCUGUACCUGAACCCAGGGCAGACGCAGGACGUCCUGUGUGAGGUGCUGGGCUACUACCCGUUGGAUGUCAGUGUGACCUGGACCCGGAGGGUGCCCGGAAACAGCAGUGUGGAGCAUCUGCCCAACAGCUGGCUCAACGGACAUGACAGGAACAGUGACGGCACCUUCAACGUGACCAGCGUCAUCUCGGUCAAGCCCAGCGCGGCCGAUCACGGUGCCAUCUACACGUGUCAUGUGCAGCAUGUGUCUGUGAAGGGAGGGGUCAGCAAGAGCCUGACCCUCAAGGUGGCAGGAGCGUCGGGUCCGUCGGUGGAGGACGUGCUGGGGAUGCUGGUCUGUGCCUUCGUCCUGUACGGUGUCCUCAAGCUGCUCUACGGCUGCCUGCUCCCGCACAACUCCCAGCUCAACGUUUGUACAGAGGAAGGUGAAAAGGAGAAGAGUCACUGACCUGUGAAGUUUUGGGGUCCUCUUCAACCUGUACUGCCUUGCGAGCUGUCCUCUCUGUACAGAAGGAAAAUGGAGCACCUUUCGUUUCUAUUUUUAUAGCAUGAGCCUUUCAUGGAUUGAGGGGUGAACCAUGUUAAAUGUGGACUGUUUUUUUGUGUCUGUCUUUAAUAUAUUGAGAGGUGUGUCUUUCAUGGAUUGAGCUGUGAACUGCGUUAAGUGCAGACUGUUUACGAGGUGUGUAUAAUUCUCUGAAGUGUUCACUGUGUGUGCAGAGUUAUGGAAUAAACUGCACUACUUCCUUA